CGUGUUUGCCCACCGCCUGAGAUCUGCAAGCUGCUUGCCCACGAGUGCCCACUUGGAUUUUGUAAUCAGAGAUAGCAGCAAUGACAUCAAAAUGGACAACUACUGCAUCUUGGUAUUCUCACCCAGUAUAUGCAAGAUACUGGCAACAUUAUCAUCAUGCAAUGGCUUGGAUGCGAAACCACCAGAAUGCCUACAGAAAGUCCAGGGAUUCAUAUUUCACUUCUCCAUGGUUCUCCCCUUAUGGAACUCUUCCCUGGAACUUUUUUGCUUAUGGGGCUGGCGAUUUUUGGAACUACCAAGGCCAGCACAUGGCCUGGCAGGAGUCUCCCUACAGUGGUUCACAUCUCCAAAGCUCUGGGCAGCCUCUGCAUGACUACAGUAGAACCCAGGCAUCCACAAGAGAAGAUGAAGCCCCGCAGGAAGAGGAAGAGAUGGAGUCGGAUUCAGAUGAUGAAGUAGAAUGUGACCUGAGCAAUAUGGAAAUCACCGAGGAGCUCCGCCAAUACUUUGCGGAGACUGAGAGGCACAGAGAAGAGCGGCGGCGACAGCAGCAACUAGAUGCAGAGCGCCUGGAUGACUAUGUGAAUGCCGACCAUGGCCUGUACUACAACCGCCACCGGUCUGUGGAGCCCCCAUCUGAGAAGCCUGGGGAACGGCGCCAAGCUGAGAUGAAGCGCCUGUAUGGGGACAGUGCUCCCAAGAUCCUGGCCAUGGAGGCUGCUGUGCAGCUGAGCUUUGACAAGUACUGUGACAAAAAACAGCCGAAAUACUGGCCUGUCAUUCCCCUGAAGUUCUGAGGCCUAGGCACGGGGACCCUAGGGAAUGCCUCCUGAUCACAGUUCCUGGCCUUUCCCUCUUACUUUUAGAUUUGUUCUCUUCAUGUUC